AUGGCAUUCGCGUGGAAAGCCGCCGGUCUCACCUACAACCGCUACAUUGCCGUCGCAUCGCGCGUCGUACGUCGCUCGCUCAAGGAUGACAAGCGCAUUGCUGCUGAGCGAAGGGGCGAGAGCGAACUCAAGUUUGCGAAGUGGGAAAAUGGCAAGCAGGGCGAGGUAAAGGACCUCAACGCUGCCGCACUCCAGGCACAGGCCGAUGCCGCCAAGUCUUCGUAA